GUCAGCUCACGACAUAAACGAUGGCGGCCAAAGGCUGCGAGACACGCUCUCUCCAUACAUCGAAUCCGGCACCUCUCCCAAAGAUCUCGCCUUUGUUCCACCCUUGAAAUUCAACUCCCCCUCUGCGAGAUUCCCGAUCUCCAAUUUCCUCUCCCCGCCCAACCCUAAUGCGCUCUGGAUUCCUGAUUUCAGAUGAGUUUAUUGUCAUAGCCCUGUUUUCUUCUCAUUGUCCUUUCCUUUUCCGUUUGUGUUUUUGAUCUGAUGGAUGAAGUCCAAGAAUUAGAUGAGAAAGCUUAGUAUUGGAGCAAAGUUUGAUGCUUUGAUUGAUUCCCUCUGUGAUUCCGAUGGAGUGAAGUCAUGCUUCUGUGAUUUAGGAUGUAGAGCAAGAAGAAGAAUUCUGAGGGUCAAAUCUAUAGUUUUGAAGAAGAAGUGCUUGAUUUAUUAUGGAGGGAAACGUAUCUAGUGGGAAUAUGAUGCCAGGAGCUGCUUCUUAUGGUGUUUUGGAUUUACACAACUCUAUGCAUCUUCAUCACCAAGAACACCCACACCAAUCUCUACAUCUUCACCAGCAACAGCCCAAUCAUCCCCACCACCAAGCCUCGAUUGUUCACCCACCAAUGCAUGAUGUUUUUCCAUUGACGUCAAUGAAUCACUUGCAUGAUUCUGAUAAACAACCCAUGAUCAUGGAUUAUAACAAGGCAGAGCGAGGGAAGAACUCCGGGAGUGAUGAUGAAGACCGGAGCUUUAACACUGAGGAUGGUGUUAAUGGCAAUAAUGAUACUGGCAAAGGGAAGAAAGCGUCACCCUGGCAGCGAAUGAAAUGGACUGAUGCAAUGGUUAAGCUGUUGAUAACUGUGGUCUCAUACAUUGGUGAGGAUCUUUCUGAAUGUAGUAGUGGUGGGAGGAGAAAGCUUGCACUUUUGCAGAAGAAAGGGAAGUGGAAGUUGGUUUCAAAAGUCAUGGCUGAGAGGGACUGUUACGUGUCGCCUCAGCAGUGCGAAGACAAGUUCAAUGAUCUUAAUAAGAGGUAUAAGAGGCUAAAUGAUAUACUGGGAAGGGGUACCUCUUGUAAGGUUGUAGAGAAUCCUGCCCUCUUGGACUUGAUGAACCACAUCUCAGAUAAGGCAAAGGAUGACGUGAGGAAGAUAUUGAGCUCAAAGCAUCUUUUCUACGAAGAGAUGUGCUCAUACCAUAACGGUAACCGUUUGCAUUUGCCACCUGACCCUGAUCUACAGCGGUCCUUGCAGGUGGCUCUUAGAAGCGGUGAUGAGCAUGAUACAAGGAGGGUUCUGCAUGAGGAUCUUGAUGAGGAUGAUCAUCAAGGAGCAGAGAGUGAUGAUAGGGAAGAUGAUGUGGAGGACGAUAGCAUUUUGCAUGGUGAUGUUGGAAGUACAUGUUUUCAGAAAAGGAUGAAGCUUGGGAGUGAGUUUGGAGAUUUUAGUUUUGGGAAUAUUUUGAAUGCCCAAGAUGUUAACAAAGGGGGGCAUCCAGUGGGUUCAUCUGUUGAUAUGAACCAAGCUUUUCCAGAUAGUUCAAAGCCUACCUGGGCGGCAAAGCAAUGGAUUAGUUCCCGUUCACUUCAGCUGGAAGAGCAAAGGUUGCAUAUUCAGGCAGAGAUGCUGGAACUUGAGAAACAACGUUUCAAGUGGCAGAGAUUCAGUAAGAAAAAAGAUCGGGAAUUGGACAAAAUGCGGAUGGAGAAUGAAAGGAUGAAACUUGAAAAUGAACGGUUGUCAUUGGAAUUGAAGCGCCGGGAACUGGAGAUUGGGCAUAAUCAAAUGUCAAAUUGAAGCUUUUAAUUGCGAGGCCAGACUUUUAUUUGUGUAGCGCCCUGAAAUGUCUGAUCAUCUGAGUCCAGAAUAUGUAUUUUGCUACCAAACUGCCCUUCUAAUGCGUAUGUGGAUUUUCAAUUAGAUAUUGGAACAUAUGAGCAUAAAUUCUUUUGUAGAGAAGUCGAUGAGAUCCUCUGUUUGUCUGAGAUUUAUGCUCUUGUUUCUUACCUUUUUCUUGUCCAGCUUCAAGUUAAUGUGACAUAUUCGCAAUUCCAUGAUUCAAGGUUUCCAA